AUGCGUAUUUCUCUAGGUUACACGUUUGUGCCAUUGCUACUUGCCCUGGCCUUAACCAACCAGGCUUUUGCCGCAGUCUACCGUCCAGUUAAUGACGAUAGCAGUGAUGAAAACUGUGAGGAUACGAAAUCUGAGGUGCAAUGCAGACUGAAACCUGCUGACGAUCCCGGCUGUUAUUUAGAACUCGUUCCAAACCAUGGCUGGAUGCGACGAUCAUGCCCAGAAGGGACAUUGUUCAGUGAAAGGGACUGCGGCUGUUCCGUUUCUCUACCUCAACAAGACCAAGGCGACAGCGACAGUAGCAGUGAAGAGGACAACGGUAAAACAGCGCCUGUUGCCUGCACUCGAAAACCAACCCAUGAUAGAAGAUCUUACAUGCAAUUCGUAGAGGGUAAGGGUUGGAAUAGACAAUCCUGCCCUGAUGGGACAGCUUACAGUGCUGAGGACUGUUCCUGCACUCUCUUCUUAUCCGACGACAGCAGCAGUAGUGAAGAGAACAUUUGGGGAAAAGCCGAUGCUAAAGUGUGCAACCGAGAAGCUGAAGAUGACAGCCAUUUCUAUAUGGAGAUGGUCCAGGGUCAUGGUUGGAUACGACGAGCUUGUGCAAAAGGAACAAUGUUUGAUGCUCGUACCUGCCGUUGUUCUGCAUCCGAAGAUGGUUCAAGUGACAGCAGCUGUGAAGAUGAUGAUUCCGAAUCUGAAGAAUGGGACGGACAUUGUUUAUUAAAAGCAACAAGCAGCCAAAAUAAUUUCCUUCAAUUUGUCGAAGGUCAUGGUUGGAUGACCCGACUUUGUCCAAAGGGCACUGCCUUCAAUGCUGGUGACUGUGGUUGUACAGUAUCUGUUCCUUCCGAUGAGAGUAGCAGCAGCGAAGAAGAUUCCUGGCGCUACCAAUCUUAUGAUAAGAGUCAAAGAGGACAAUCCGGUUAUGAUGAUAGAAGCAGCAGCAGCAGCAGCGAAGAAGAGGGCAAUUAUUGGGGUCAGCAAACUUAUGGCAAGGGCCUCAGCGUACCUGAGGGUUAUGAUGGCAGUAACAACGAAGAAGACGGAAGUUCUUGGAAUACUGGUAAAGGAGCCAUUCCCUGCACACGAAAACCAACAGAUGAUGAAACGUCUUAUUUGCAGUUUAUAGAGGGUAAAGGUUGGAAAACUCAACCCUGUCCCCAAGGAACAGCUUACAGUACCGUUGAUUGCGCAUGCUCAGUUACUGUUGCUCAUGGAGUCAAUGGCGAUAGCAGCAGCAGCAGUGAAGAAGAUGUUCAUUCUUGGGACCAACAGACUUAUGGUAACAACGAAGAAGAUGGAGAUUCUUGCAAUAAUGAGCCAGUUACAUGCACCCGAAAACCAACCCAUGAUAGAAGAUCUUAUUUACAGUUUAUAGAGGGUAAAGGUUGGAAAAGACAACUCUGCCCGAAAGGAACAGCUUACAGUGCUGAUGAUUGCGCAUGCUCAGUUAUUGUUGCUCAUGGAGACAAUGAUGAUGGCAACAAAAAAGAUAUCCAUUCUUGGAGUCAGCAGAGUUAUGGCAAGGUUUCUGCUACAUUAUCAGGUUAUGAUGAUAGCAGCAGCAGCAGCAGCAGCAGCGAGGAAGACGGCCAUCCUUGGAGUCACCAUGGAAAGGGUAUUAAAAUCCCAGCAGGUUAUGGCGAGAGUAGCAACGAAAAAGACGGAAGUUCCUGGAAUACCGCUAAUUAUCGUAAAGUGGCCGUUCCCUGCACACGAAAGCCAACCCAUGAUAAAAGCUCUUAUUUGCAGUUUAUAGAAGGUAUGGGUUGGAUGAGUCGACCCUGUCCCCAAGGAACAAUAUACAGUGCUAAUGACUGCGCAUGCUCAAUGGCUGUUGCUCAUGGAGACAAUGAUGAUGACAGUAGCAGCGAAGAAUAUAGACAUUCUUGGAGUCAGCAAAGUUACGGCAAGGUUUCUGCUACAUUAUCUGGUUAUGAUGAUAGCAGCAGCAGCAGCGAGGAAGACGGCCAUCCUUGGAGUCACCAUGGAAAGGGAAUUAAAAUCCCAGCAGGUUAUGGCGAGAGUAGCAGCGAAAAAGACGGAAGUUCCUGGAAUACCGCUAAUUAUCGCAAAGGAGCCGUUCCCUGCACACGAAAACCAACCCAUGAUAAAAGCUCUUAUUUGCAAUUUAUAGAGGGUAUGGGUUGGAUAAGUCGACCCUGUCCCCAAGGAACAAUAUACAGUGCUAAUGACUGCGCAUGCUCAAUGGCUGUUGCUCAUGGAGGCAGUGAUGAUAGCAGCAGUAGUGAAGAACAUGGUCAUUCAUGGAGUCAACAGAUUUAUGGCAAGAGCUCCAUCACAAGAUCCGGUUAUGAUCAUAGAAACAACGGAGAACGCGGUAAUUCUUGGAAUCAGCAGACAUCUGGCAAAGAUUACAUUGCGCCAUCUGCUUAUGAUGAUAGCAGCAGCAGCAGCAGUGAAGAGCACAAUGAAGACAUCUUGAAACCAAAAUCUCAUCUGUGUAUGAGGAAACCAAGCUCUGACAGCAAGUCUUAUUUGCAAUUUGUUGAAGGACAUGGCUGGAUAUUACGUCCAUGUGCUGAAGGAACCUCAUACAGUGCUACUGACUGCGCAUGCACAAUCUCUCUUCCUCGGGAACAUGCCAAUCACGACGAUAGCAGCAGCGAAGAGAAUGAAGACUGUGAAAUCCCCAAACAGGUAACAUGCACCCGAGAACCAACCGAUAAUCCUCAAAUCUAUUUGCAGCUGGUCCCGGGUCAUGGUUGGUUGCACCAAACCUGUGCCAAAGGGACUACAUUUGACGCCGAUACCUGCAGAUGUUCUAUGACUGUUCCUGAAGAAGAGAUCAGCGACAGUAGCUCUGAAGACAACUCUGAAGCUGAACCAUGGAAUGGUCCGUGUCCACUGAAACCGGGCAAUGACAUUAAACAUUUUCUUACUUUUUCUGAGGGUCACGGCUGGAUGACGCAGCCGUGUCCAAGGGGUACUGGUUUCAGUGCUGAUGAUUGUGGCUGUACAAUAUCUAUUCCCGAUGACGAUUCUGACAGCGUUUGUUUUCUUAAGCAUAAAAUUUACUUAAACCGAACAACACCUUUGGUCAACAAAUCUAUCUAUCUAUCUAUCUAUCUAUCUAUCUAUCUAUCAACAAUCUUUUACUCCAACAAUCAGCUUUUACUCCAGUCAGAAGCCUUUACUCCAACCAUCAGCUUUUACUCCAGUCAUCAGCCGUUACUCCAACCAUCAGCUUUUACUCCAGUCAUCAGCCUUUACUCCAACCAUAAGCUUUUACUCCAACAAUCAGCUUUUACUCCAGUCAGAAGCCUUUACUCCAACCAUCAGCUUUUACUCCAUUCAUCAGCCUUUACUCCAACCAUCAGCUUUUACUCCAGUCAUCAGCCUUUACUCCAACCAUCAGAUUUUACUCCAACAAUCAGCUUUUACUCCAGUCAUCAGCCUUUACUCCAGUCAUCAGCUUUUACUCCAGUCAUCAGCCUUUACUCCAGUCAUCAGCCUUUACUCCAACCAUCAGCUUUUACUCCAUUCAUCAGCCUUUACUCCAGUCAUCAGCCUUUACUCCAACCAUUAGCUUUUACUCCAUUCAUCAGCCUUUACUCCAGUCAUCAGCCUUUACUCCAACCAUUAGCUUUUACUCCAUUCAUCAGCCUUUAA